AUGACAUUCCCAGGUCACAAUCCUCACCUGUUUAGGUGGAGAAGGCACGGAUCUGCAGGCAAGGUAAGUCUAAAGAAUGGCGACAUCGAUCAGUGGAGAAAGCGGGUGGAGAUGGCCUCUGAGUUUGCUGUAUCGGAAGUCUUCUCCCACAAGAAACCUCAUUCAGGAAUCAGCAGUCUGGCUGUACCACUGCAAAGCUCUGAACAGUUGAGAGAUCAUGAUGAUGCUUACAGUGAAGCUCAGGCUCUUUUAGGUGACUGGUUGAACAGUAAGUUGCGGCUGGAGCUGGAGAUGGAGGACGAAGAUGAUCUAAUGUGCUCUGUUGAGAAAACAAGCCCUGCUGCACUGGCUAGUGCUCAGCCUUCUGCUCUGAGCUACAACAACUUCGAUGAUUUUUAUAACCGCUUGGCUGAGGAAGAAGAACAAUCUGCUGUAAACAGCUUCCUACAAGGCCUAAUGGAGCAAGAUGUGUUGGACUCCGGGAUGAUCGAGGAGUUGGCACUGGAUGCUCAGCAAAUGAGGAAGAAAUUGAGAAACCCGAUCAUCACCAUGGAAGCACGACACCAACAGGUGCGAGAGAACAGGGCCCGGCGGGAGGCUGAGAGACUGAGGCAGCAGAGAGAGAGGGAGGCUCAGCGGGGCUCCAGAGAGGAGGCGAAGAGGAGGGAGCGAGACAUGGAGAUGAGGAAGAGGCAGGAGGAACGUAGGCAGGAGGAGAUGGUGCAGCAGGAGAUGGUGAGACUGCGACGCCAGAUGGAGGAGAGGAGAGGCCUGGAACAGCUGGUUCGACAGAGGGAAAGGGAAAAAGCAGAAGCACUGAGGGCAGUCAGAAGCCUACAGUCAGCCCCAACACUUCUCACAAAGCAGCAGCAGAAGAACACUGAGCAACUAUAUCAAGAACAGAAGAUUCAAGCAAAGAUUCACAUGAGCAACCUCAAGUGUCUGCAGAGGCAUUUUUCCGGAUGGUACUCAGUGGUGCUGGACCGGAGGCUCCGUAUGGGGAAGGCACUGGCCCUCUGUGACUGGAAGAGGCAGCUGAGGGCAUGGCGAGCGUGGCGAGCAGUGGUGUGGGAUAAACAAAAGCAGGGAGAGGUGGCAAGGACAGAGGAGGCACUCCGAACUGAAAACAGACAAUGUCAGCUGGCCGUGGAAAGUGACCGAAGGCGGUUGCUACGGCGAUGUCUGAGUGAGUGGCAGCUAUGGUGUCGGAUGGAGAAGGAACAACGGGAGCUUUUGGCCCGGCAGCAGGAAACCAAACGAAAGAUGGCUGCCUUAAUCAGUGCUGCAUCAACAGGCAAACUCAAGGCCACAGAAACCCCCACUUAUCAGCUAUAUAUGGCCCCACCAGAGGCACCGAGCCAACCUGAGACCACAGAGAAGGAAGAUCACCACAGUUCAGGCACUGAAGCCUCUGCAGUACGUCAGGAUCAGCCCGUCGUGGCCCGGCCCUCUCAGCCCUGGCAGGUCACCCGACGUCAUGCGACACCCACUUCUGCUGAACUCCGCCAAGCACGACAAAGAGGGGAGGGCAGUGGCUUCGCCUCUUCAAAAACCACCACGUCACCAGGCAGCAGGUUUGAAAACAGACAUGAGGCCCAGCAGCAGAUCAUCACACAGCAGAGGAAGCUGCUGAAGGAACAACAGGAGCAAAUUUCCCGGCUAAAGGAGGAGCAGAACAGGAUGGGCUUGGAGCUGGACAUAGAGAAAGCUGCACAGCUUAACCAGCUUGCUGUGCGAGGAGGCUCGAGACUAGAGAGCUGUGAUUUUGACCCCAGGGAGCAGAGGGCACCAAGAGUUACUGGAGAACCUGACAAUCAGCUCGCACCUUCAAGGAAAGCUGUCACAUUGCAGACGUGUCCCCAUCCAGUCAUCAAAGCCAUGGAGGCCCGUGCACGUCAGCGCGCAGAGCGGAGGAAGGAAAUCGAGGAACUCAAGAGACGGAAAGAAGAAGAAAAGCUGGCUGAGAUGAAAGCCGCCGAGGAGCAGAGGCAGAGGGAGGAGGAGGAGGAGAAACGCAAAGCGGCAGAAAAGCGGAGGGAGGAGAAAAGGCUGGAGAAAGAGAGGGAAGAGGAGAGACAAAGGCAGCUGAAAAGGCAAAAGGAGCUCCUAAAGGUGGCCCGCCAACACUACAACAGGACCCUGUUGCUACGGCGAGGCCUGGCGCCGUGGAAACGCCUCAUUCAGUUCAGACAAGCCAACAUGGAGCUGGCCGAGAGACAUCACAAUCUCUUCCUCCUGAGGCGCUGCGUACGAGGCUGGCAGCAAUCAGCAAGAGAGUCCCUGUCUGAGAAGGAAGCUUCUGCUGACCAACUGCACCAGCACUUUUUGCUUCGGAGGAGCUUAAGCCGCUGGAAAAGACUGAAAGACCUGCGGUUAAUUCAAGAGGAGCGAGCCGAGCGUUUUUAUCGCGCGCACACUCUGAGGAGGAUUCUGCUCGCACUGCUGGACCAUGUGACCCAAGAGAGGCUGGUGGAGUGGGACCGUCAGGAGCUGGCUCAGGAGCACAAUAGCAGACGGGUGCUGCAGCGAUGUUUCCUGGCCUGGAGGCAGCUUCCAUGUCUGCUGCGCCGGGAAAGGGAGAGGGACGAGCGGCGGGAGAAGCUGGGGCGGAAAGUGACUGAGGUUCUGCCUGAUUUCUGCUCCCAUCCACUGUAA